AUGGCAUGUAUCUUUUUAAUAAACUGCGUCGGAAAUGAGUAAAUUGGGGAAAACGGUCCAUGUAUAUAAUUUCAUGAGUAACAAAUUGUGAGAACACCGGAAGACUUUCAUAAGUCAAUCACCACUUUUUAAGACUAGUGACGCCACCAGCUCGUUGUUUUAAAAGAUUGUAUUUUUCGAUAAUAUUCAGAUGUAAAACAUCAUCGUCGUUGACAAUGUCGCGAUAUAUGUGUGGAACGACGUCCAAGCUCAUGACGUGUCUUUCACGACCACAGUCGAUAAGCAACACUAGAGGUUUCGUGGCCUGCUUAACGGACAUUUGUUAUGUAGACCGAACGGGUGGUCGGAAAAAUUCGAUUGAAGAUGGAAUUGGUUCUACUAAACACAGACCCGCGACAUAUGCUUCUCCAGCUGACGCCGGACGGAUGCUACAGACACUGUUUACAAGUGUACGUGAUGUAUUUCUCCAACAGAAAGGUCAAGGUAUUGCGAGAUGGAAUUUGGUGCCGAUCCGGGGCAUUGCGACCCAGCCACGGGAUCACGAAAUAGGAUCUGGUCCGUCUCCCCAAGGUGUGCAGGGCGAGGACUGCGCCGUGUUCCUGUCAUGGAUCGAGAAGUGUCGCAAGUACGGCUUGGAGAACUGCGAGGACCAGCUGCAGGGCCUCCAGUCUGGGCGGAAGACUCUGAAGCAGGUGCUGGAGGAGCAAGAGAAUCUGAUCGUUGAGAUCACCAAGAAGUACAAGGAAGCGGUGGCGCACCACACUGACGCCGAGGGACACUACAUCAAGGGCGUCGACGAAGACGACUACAUGCUCGACUUCCACUCGCCGUGCACGCAGGGCAUCCAGGGCAGCGACUGCGACCAGUUCAAGCUGUGGCUGGAGAAGUGCCACGAGUUCGGCCUGAUGGAAUGCAUCGACGAGCUGCAGGGCAUCCAGAGUGGGAAGAAGUCGCUGCAGGACAUGUUCGCCGAGCAUGACAUGCUCCUCCGGAAGGUCUUCAAGGAGCACGGGCAGAAGAGGGAUUUCUCCACUUCGGCUCGAUCCCGGAGGUCGUCGCAAGACCCAAAGGUGCGUACCAAGCACACUGAUGAUACUCACAACACACAAGACACUCAGCUCACUCAAACACAGAAGUUGAAACGAGCUGUUAAAGAGUACGGAGCGACGGUCAUUGUUUUUCAUGUUGGUUUGUCGCUGGCGUCGUUAGGAGGGUUCUAUUUGGCCGUCUCAAGUGGGCUUGAUGUUGUUGGGGCGAUGCAGAAACUGGGCGUAGCCGAAUCGUUUCUGCAGUCCAGUUUAGCAGCCGGUGCCGGGACCUUCGUAGUGGCCUAUGCAGUUCACAAAGUUUUUGCUCCUGUCCGAAUUGGCAUCACACUGACGGCUACCCCUUUCAUUGUUAGAUAUCUUCGCAAAGUCGGAUUUUUGAAAGUGCCUAAAAAUGUGCGUGACUCUUCAGUUUAGCGGCUCAGUAUGAGUAACCAUAAAAAUGUAUAUAUAUAUAUAUAUAUAUAUAUAUAUAUAUAUAUAUAUAUAUAUAUAUACACCAGUAUGUUCCUUUAAUGGCAGUCUUAUCUUACUAUCCUCUCUCCCGUGUUUUUUCGUUAGUACGAGUAAGGUGGGAUGUUUCUCAGUAGUAGAGCACUUUGUCUGUGAUGCGAUGAGUCAGAUGACUGAAUGCUCUUUGUGGACGCCAGAUAUUUUCUUUCUUGUAACUAGUGCUCUACGACUGGUGCAUUCAAGUCCAUGGUAAGUGCUGUAAUUAUGGGGUGGGGGUGCAUAUAAAAAGAUCCCUUGCUGCUAUUUUGUUGGGAGUGGCCUGUAUGAGUGCAACAGGGUUUUUUGUCGCUAACUCUCUUAUAUUAUGUCAUAAUAAGUGUGUUAAACAUCAAAUUAUAGUUGUAGUUCAAAAUGCUUGAGAUGUAAAAAAAUUGUUUUAUUUCAUUUCAUUUCUAAUAUCUGCAACUAGCCAACGCCAUUUUGUGUCGAGAUGGGCCUUCUGUGACCGAAGGCUUACGGUAGAUUUGUGCGUGAAGUCGUUUGAUUAGUUGAAAGGAAGGUCGUCUAGACACAAAAUUACGUUGGAUUUGCUCAGGUCCACUAAUAAAAAUAUGGCAGAGCAGACAGUAAGAUCUGAUCUGAAACCUAUUUAUUCAAUGCUAGGUUUUCGUCUGUUAACCUUUUUUCAUGGGACAUGACGCCCAGACAGUUGAAUGAGUGUGUGGGUGUGGGUGGUAGUGCGCGCAGAGAACGGUGGAAGUAAACAAAACACAAUUUAAUUUCUUCUAUGUUGUUGCCAAUGUUGGUAUUUUCUUUUGUUAGGACAUCUUCAUAGCUUGUACUAACGCCAGGCGUACUUAAAAAAAAGUAUGUUACUUUAGCAUGUUGAAAGUAUUGUUUUUAUUCACGACGAAGGUCUUUAAUUAAUAAAAAAAAAAAUGUGUGUGAGAAGACAAUGGUGGAGGUAUAUAUUUAAAAACAAAAAGAAAAGUAUUUUCGUGAUAUUGACAUUUUCUUUGUCAGGACAGAUCUUCGGAUCUUGUCUACAACAGGCGUGCUUGGAAAGUUAGAUAACACAAGCACGUUAAAUGUACCGUAUGUGUAGUUUUAUUCAUGAUGUGCGCGUGUGUGUGUGUGUGUAGGGGGGGGAUAUGUUCGGGUUUUCGUUUUUGGUGGGUGGGUAAGAACACGUACCUAGCCGAAUUUUUUUUAAAUUAUUAUUUUAAUGUUUAUAAAUUCAUGACUGGCAACAACGUUUUAAGGUAAAUGUGUUUGUAAUUUAUUUGUCAAUAACCACUCAACUUGUAUUUUGUAUGGGUGGGGUUUUUUUUUUUGGGGGGGGGGGGGUUCUUUUUUUUUUUUUUUUUUUUUUUUUGGGGGGGGGGGGGGGUUAGAGGGCGUCUGGGUUGGAGGGAUAAAAACGAGUAACAUGAAACCACAAAAAUUCGUUCACUAUCGUGUUUAAAAAAUCCAGAUCCCUAUAGGGUUCACCGAGUAUUUCCCAUUGCCCCAAUAUUUUAGAUUAGAAAUUUAAAGAAACCCGAACCCAGCCUUGAAGUCACUGACCCUAGUUCCCUUUUUCGAUUUAAAUAAAAUGUGUAUCUACUACAAACACCAAGACGACCAAAAAACCAUAAUUGAUAAUAUAAGUAAGAAGUUCUAAGCAACGGUUAAAAAAAUAACUAAAUAAAAUAAAUUAAAAAACAACACCCCCCCCCCCCCCCAAAAAAAAACAACCCCCAAAACCCCAAAAGCAGAAAUUAUAUUGCACUAGGGACGGUUUCUUUAAACACAGGCCUACACUCGUAAACACUGUUAAAUUCUUACGCUAGGCAUUCUGGGAAAGGUUGUUUUACCUGACAACAAAAUGAUUGUACGGCAUCAUUAGGUAGAUCAUGUGUUAUUUUUAAAAUUACUUAAUUGUAGAUGUGGUGGGGUGUUUUGAAAAUGUACAGUACAUGUAUGUGAAUUAUUCUUCAGUAAAAUAAAAUUUUACAACCCUU